CGAAGAAGAACCCUUCCGUGUUUCUUGCCGGAAAUGAUUGGUUGGCAUUGGCAACGUUUUAGCUCAAACCAGCGUCGUAUACAAGUAAUCGAAAAGACAGAUUUCUCACAGUUGAGGACACCGCAUUCUUCCAAGGCACUCACGGCAGAGCAGUGAGAAGAGAGCAGGACUGUAAUAAGAAUGACAAGCUCAUCUGCUCCCAGAAUGGUGAAUAGUUACAAGCGGACUUCCAGCCCCAGAUCACCUACAAACUGUGGGGAGCUUUUCACCCCAGCACAUGAGGAAAAUGUGCGAUUUAUCCAUGACACUUGGCAGUUUGUGCUCAGAGAAAUCAGAUCAGCACAAAAUACCGAGCGUAAUGACCGCGGACCACAGGAAUACGUUGAGAAGAAUCCAAAUCCUAACCUUCACUCUUUCACGCCAGUGGACCUGACUGACCUCAAGAAACGUAACACACAGGACUCGAAGAAGUCUUAGUCCUCCAGAUGGUCCAAGCACUUUUCUCCCCACCCAUCAUUAUUGAAAACUUUUCCUCUGACACCCAGGUCAGCCCAAUUUGCCAGUCCGAGGCAGAAUGCCAAUUUUCUCUGAACUUUUGAACCACGGCAAGCUUGUCUUUCUUUACAUCCUGCAAGUGAUGAAGAAGAGUUCAACAUAAUUAAACAGUCUCUGUUGGGAAUCAUGUCGAAGGCCAUACAGUCCUCCUACAGGACUGAUGACUCGCCAUCAGAUGUUGGUAUCUGAUGCUGAGGUGCAGACUUCCACCGGACAUAAAAGACUGCACUCAUUACUGCUACCACAGACAUGAUCUCGGGAGAGAGAAAAUAAUAAAGGGCUUAUCUGUUUUGUUUGUUUUGUAAAAAAAAAAAAAAAAAAUAGUUGGCUAGAUAAGGUGUAAAUUUAUAUGACUCAUAGGAUGCACACUUAUGAGCCAAAUACAAUGCCAAUGUUUUAUCCAAAAUUGUGUUUUCCCUAAAACUGUUUGCUCCCAUUGUAGUUUGCCCCAUUGAUUAACACGUCUUCCUCAAGUAUCCAUCCACCAGUUUUCUACAAGUACUGUGUAGUCUACUAUUAUAAAUAUUCUAAGUUUAAGGCAACUAUGAAUUUCUAAUACCAAUGCUGGAAGAUGUUUUAACCUAAAUGCAAAAGAUUUUGAGGAUGCUAUUUAAAACAUCUCGGCAAAACAUCCCAUAGUAAUGCCCAGAUGCCGUGCAAAUGUACCCCCAUGGGAUAAUGAACAGAAAAGGAAUGAAAUCACAUCGGUCUCUAUGCUUUGCAAAUGUUUUGAUGUGAUGCCAUGGCAUCAAUGCUGUUUUAUUGUUUUUAUGUCCACAAGGCCGUCAAUGAUUUUGCAGAGAAAAUCCAAUAAUAAAAUCCAGUAGUUCUCAUGUUGCAA